AUGUCCUUGAAGGCAAAGCAGAGCAAGAUGGCGCCGCCCAUGACCGAGGGCGGCGACAAACCAGCGAAGAAGAAGGCCAACAAGUCCAAGCCCCAUGCGACGAACUGGGGUGGCUAUGUGUUGAAGCUGUUGAAGCAGGUUCAUCCAACCAUGAAGAUCUCCAAACAGGCGAUGGCUGUCAUGGUCUCGUGCGUGGAAGAUACCUUUGAGCGGAUCUCUGCUGAGGCCGGUAACCUGCAUCGCCGUGGUGAUUCCAAGACACUCACAACCCGUGAUAUCCAGUCUGCCGUUCGCCUGGUCUUCCCUGGUGAGCUCUCACGUCAUGCAGUGUCGGAAGGCUGCAAGGCUGUUAUUGCCUUCAAGGGUGGGCAGGAAGGAGAUGACGAGGAAGAUGAGGACUGUUGUGACAGGGAGGCCGAAAUCGGGAAUUUCACGUGA